UUAUAAUCUCAAAUGAAAAUGAAUGAACGUUUGUAGUUCUAAUCAAAUAAAGAGGAAUUUAAUUUGGAUAAAGAAGCCUCCGAUAUAGCUCAAAGAAUCAUGGAAAGAGUUCGAUAGAGAUCCACUGCAAAGUCAGCCUAAAAGGAGUUAACUACUUAAUAUCUGAGAGCUAGUGAUUACAAAACUAGACAAUUGUUUCAAAGCAAUUAAUUAGAAAUUAGGAGAGAAUCUGAGAAGGUUACUAAAGGCCCAAGUUAGGAGAUAAAAAGAAAGGAAGAAAUAUUUGUUCCUGAAUUUAAAAUAAGCAAAGACAACAGGCCUUACGAGUUGGUUCAACAAGAGAACCAAUUAAAAAUAGAAGACUUAAAAAUACCCUUAAAAAUCCCUCCUUAGCUUCAUGUAUAAGGAAUUAAAGAUAUAUAUCAAAAGACAGUUAAAAUCAAUAAUUAUGAAAGUAUUGGUUUUUAAGAACAGAAAAAUGAGAAAAGAAAAUAGAACUAAAUUAUGUAUAAAAUUACCUGUAAUUUAGGAAUGAAUAUAUAUAACCAGAAAAUAAUCAAAUUCAUUAACUUAGUAGUAAAAGAAUUUCUUCUCCUAAGCGUAACCAUCUGAAACUAGAUAGCAAUUAUCAAACUAAAUCUUCUUUAAGUUUGAAGACUACUUAAUUAUAAACUCCAGUUUCAGUCUAGUUCAAGCAAUAGGACAUAGUUUCUUAAUUAUUAGGGAGCUUGAAGAAUUAAAAAAAAAAUUAUGGAGAGUAUUUAACAAAACGAUGA